AUGGCGUCGGAGACAAGCUCAGUUGAGCCGAGGGAGAUGCAUGAGAUGCAUGAACCAUCUCCACCUCAUACUGGGGACGCAUCAACUCUCAACGACUCUCCCAUGGCAUUAAUCGACCAAGAAGAUGUUAAUACUCUUACCAAGAUAGCCACUCAACGAUCACGCCAACAAUCUGUCGGAGCCACAAAUAACCUAGCAGUUCUCGCUCAACAAGACCCAUCUCUGGACCCCCAGUCUGGAAAAUUCGACUUGCAAAAAUGGCUCAAAGCGGCUUUCGACGAUAUCAGCCGGGAUGGCCGAUCGGGACAAUCAUCGGAUGUUAUUUUCAAAAAGCUGAAUGUAUAUGGAUCGGGCGCUGCGCUGCAGUUCCAAAAUACAGUCACAUCGAGCCUGACUGCCCUCGUUCGAUUGCCCCAAAUUAUUCGUGAAUCACACUCUCCUCAAAGACGAAUUCUCAAGGACUUCAAUGGCCUCUUGAAAAGUGGUGAACUGUUGCUUGUGCUUGGUCGGCCAGGUGCCGGCUGUAGUACACUUCUAAAGUCCAUGACUGGAGAACUACACGGUUUGAAUAUGGAUAAGGAGAGUGUCAUUCAUUACAAUGGAAUUCCCCAAUCUCGCAUGAUGAAAGAGUUCAAGGGUGAACUAGUAUACAACCAAGAGGUUGACAGACACUUCCCUCAUCUGACCGUCGGCCAGACUCUGGAGUUUGCAGCAGCAACGCGAACUCCUGCCCAUCGGUUCCAAGACAUGUCACGCGCAGAAUAUGCCAAAUAUAUGGCUCAGAUCAUCAUGGCUGUCUUUGGACUGAGUCACACAUAUAACACCCGCGUUGGAGACGAUUUCAUCCGUGGUGUAUCGGGUGGUGAGCGAAAGCGUGUCAGUAUUGCAGAGAUGGCUCUAGCCCAUGCUCCAAUCGCCGCCUGGGAUAACUCUACUCGAGGAUUGGAUUCUGCCACGGCAUUGAAGUUUGUUCAGGCUUUGCGACUGUCCUCUGACAUCACUGGCUCGUGUCAUGCGGUGGCUGCUUACCAGGCAAGUCAAAGCAUCUACGAUGUAUUUGACAAGGUGAUCGUACUUUACGAAGGACGCCAAAUUUUCUUCGGACCUGCCGCCGCAGCCAAGUCCUAUUUCGAAAACCAAGGGUGGGAUUGUCCAACUCGUCAGACUACUGGUGAUUUCCUCACUUCAAUCUCAAAUCCUGAGGAGCGGCAAGCCAAGCCCGGCAUGGAAAACCGUGUUCCCCGUACGCCUGAGGACUUUGAAACUGCAUGGCUCAACUCGCCUGAAUACAAGCAAUUGAUGAGUGAAAUUACUGAAUAUGAAGGGCAAAAUCCCGUUGGAAACGAUGUACCAGCCCUCGCUGAUUUCCAGGAAUGGAAGCGUGGAGCCCAGGCCAAACACACACGGCCCAAGUCUCCAUACAUCAUCAGUGUUCCUAUGCAAAUCAAACUCAACACUGUCCGCGCCUAUCAACGACUCUGGAAUGAUGCUGCUUCAACCGUCUCUACCAUCGUUACUAAUAUUAUCAUGGCUUUGAUUAUUGGAUCAGUGUUCUACGGGACUCCAGAUGCAACUGCAGGCUUUACGUCCAAAGGUGCCACUCUGUUCUUUGCCGUCCUUCUCAAUGCCCUCACAGCAAUGUCCGAAAUCAACAGUCUCUAUUCUCAACGUCCAAUUGUCGAAAAACAUGCUUCCUUUGCCUUCUAUCACCCCUUCACUGAAGCCAUCGCUGGUGUACUCAGUGAUAUACCGGUGAAGUUUGCAUUGGCUGUUGUGUUCAAUAUCAUUCUAUACUUCAUGGCUGGUCUGAAACGAUCAGCAUCUAACUUCUUCCUCUACUUCCUCAUCACUUUUGUGAUCACGUUUGUCAUGAGUGCCAUCUUCCGGACAUUGGCCGCUGUCACCAAAACUAUUUCGCAAGCAAUGGGUCUGGCAGGUGUCAUGAUUCUGGUCCUUGUUGUCUACACUGGCUUUGUAUUACCUGUUCCGUCUAUGCAUCCGUGGUUCGAAUGGAUCCAUUACCUCAAUCCGAUCUACUACGCCUUCGAGGUUCUGAUUGCCAACGAGUUCCAUGGCCGCGAGUUCCCAUGUUCAUCCUUUGUUCCUGCCUACGCCGACCUAUCAGGCAAAGCAUUCAGUUGCGCUAUCGCUGGUGCGGAGCCAGGCUCUACAACAGUCAACGGUGACCGAUACAUUUUACUGGCUUACUCUUACAGUUACAGCCAUGUCUGGCGUAACUUUGGUAUCCUCAUGGCCUUCUUGGUCGGUUUUAUGUGCAUCUACUUUGUCGCAACCGAGCUAAAUUCCGCUACUACAAGCACUGCUGAAGCUUUGGUUUUCCGCCGCGGUCACGAGCCUGCCAGUCUCCGCCAGGAUCAUAAGUCUGGAUCCGAUGUCGAAAGCAACGAGACAUCCAAAGCUCAGCCUGCUGCGGGUACAGAUGACAAGGGAAUGGGUGCUAUUCAGCCUCAGACAGAUACAUUCACUUGGCGGGAUGUGUCCUAUGAUAUCGAGAUCAAGGGCGAGCCACGUCGUCUUUUGGAUCACGUUUCCGGAUGGGUCAAGCCUGGAACCCUGACUGCACUAAUGGGUGUCAGUGGCGCUGGUAAGACGACUUUGCUUGAUGUAUUGGCACACCGUACAUCGAUGGGUGUUAUCACUGGUGAUAUGUUUGUCAAUGGCCGUGAACUGGAUCAGAGUUUCCAGCGAAAGACAGGUUAUGUUCAGCAGCAGGACCUUCACCUCGAUACUGCUACUGUGCGCGAGUCUCUGCGGUUCAGUGCUAUGUUACGUCAGCCAGCCUCUGUCUCGAUUGAGGAGAAGUACGCCUAUGUUGAAGACGUUAUCGGAAUGUUGAAGAUGGAGGAGUUUGCCGAAGCCAUUGUUGGUGUCCCCGGUGAGGGUCUGAAUGUCGAGCAGCGCAAGCUGCUGACUAUCGGCGUCGAAUUGGCUGCCAAACCCAAGCUGCUGCUCUUUUUGGAUGAGCCUACCAGUGGUCUCGACUCUCAGAGCUCUUGGGCUAUUUGUUCAUUCCUUCGCAGGCUUGCUGAGCACGGUCAAGCAGUUCUUUGCACAAUCCAUCAACCUUCUGCCAUGCUCUUCCAACAAUUCGAUCAGCUAUUAUUCCUUGCCCGAGGCGGUAAGACUGUCUACUUUGGUCCCGUCGGAGAAAACUCUGGCACAAUGCUUGAGUACUUCGAAUCCAACGGUGCGCGUAAGUGUGCGGAUAGCGAGAACCCAGCCGAAUACAUGCUGGGCAUCGUCAACGCUGGUCAGAACAACAAGGGUCAGGACUGGUUCGAUGUUUGGAAGGAAAGUAACGAAAGCAAGCAAGUCCAGGCUGAGCUCGACCGAAUUCAUAAAGAAAAGGAGCACGAACCGCCUGCCACUGAUGAUUCCUCGCGAAGCUACUCUGAAUUUGCCAUGCCGUUUUGGUUCCAGUUGAACCAGGUCACACACCGCGUGUUCCAACAAUACUGGCGCAUGCCAUCCUACGUCCUGGCUAAAUGGGGACUUGGAAUUGCCUCCGGUCUGUUUAUUGGGUUCUCUUUCUUCGAUGCCAAAACCUCGCUGCAAGGCAUGCAGACCAUCGUUUACUCUCUGUUUAUGAUUUGUACCAUCUUCUCGUCAUUGGCGCAACAAAUCAUGCCUGUGUUCGUCAGUCAGCGAUCGCUCUACGAGGGACGUGAACGCCCCAGCAAAUCGUACUCCUGGAAAGCUUUCCUCGUCGCAAACAUGAUUGUGGAGAUCCCCUACAUGGUCGUCAUGGGUGUAUUGACCUACGCCUGCUACUUCUAUGCCGUCGUUGGAAUCCCCAACUCUGUGACCCAGGGAAUCGUCCUCCUGUUUUGCAUCGUCUUCUUCAUCUACGCCAGCACCUUCACCCACAUGGUUAUUGCCGGUCUUCCAGACGAACAAACCGCCAGUGCGGUAGUUGUCCUUCUCUUCGCGAUGUCCCUCACGUUCUGUGGUGUGAUGCAGCCCCCAACCGCCCUUCCUGGCUUCUGGAUUUUCAUGUACCGUGUCUCACCCUUCACAUAUUGGGUCGGCGGCAUGGCAGGCGCACAGCUGCACAAUCGCAAGGUGAUUUGCUCAACCGCCGAACUAGCCAUCUUCAACCCACCCUCUGGUCAAACUUGCGGACAGUACCUCAUGAAGUAUGCCGAGGUCGCUGGUGGUCAGUUGCUCAAUCCCGAGGCUACGAGUGAUUGCAGUUACUGUUCUCUCCGAGUUGCGGAUCAGUUCCUGGCCACAGCAGGUAUCGAAUACGGUGAUCGCUGGCGCAACUUCGGUAUCAUGUGGGCUUUCGUUAUUUUCAAUAUCUUCAUGGCUACUAUCAUGUACUACCUUGUCCGCGUGAAGCGCUGGAACAGUGGCGAUUUCAAGGAAUCGUUCAAGAAACUCAUUCCUGGGAAGAAAUCCAAGAGUGGCAACUGA